AUGAAGGCUACUGUAGGCUUUUUUGCCUUGGCAGCCUUAUUCUGCCUUGCCGAUGCAGGCAGAAUCUCGGUAUCCAGAGGAAAGAAUGUUACUAAAAUUGAUGAUUUGUGCGCGAGAAUGCACAACAACACUGCUCUCGAAGGAUCUUCGCCAUUGAUGAUGAUGCAGGCGACCGCCUACGAGUGUCAGAAGAAAUGCGUGGACAUCUUCCCAGAGUGCUCGGCAGUUGUCUACUACUACUUGCAUAAUGAGACAAAGAAACAUUUCUGCUACCUGUUCUCUGAGAACUCCGUUCUUGAAAAGGUUGACCUGGUUGAGCAGAAGCCAGAAAACAAAAAGGAUAUCGUUCGCAUGUUGGAAUUGGUCGUUGAUUGUCACCAAUUUGAUGCUCACCCACCAUUGGAGGAGGACGGAUUGGCUUCGUCCACCGAUAAAGUUGACAGAAAGAAGAGACAACAAGGAGAUGAAGCUGUGCAAGGAGUCGGAGACUGGACUGACUGGUCUCAUUGCACUCUUAAUGGACACGAGGUGCGCUCGCAAGCUUGUGAAUACGGAAGAAAGAUCCAACGUCGUGGAUGUCCAGCUCGUUCCGCUCCACAGAGAAUUCCAGCACCACCAGCUCCACAAUUCCCACCACGUGCACCACAGUACCCAAGCGGUCAGCAACAACAGCAACAACAACAACAACAACAACAACAACGAGAGCAACAACAGAGAGAGCAACAACUCCGUGAGCAUCAAGCACGUCUUCAGCAACAACAACAGCAACAACCACAACUUCCACAGAGACCACCACAACAGCCACAAUCUUUCUCUGGAUCACACGAGCUUCAACUUCAGCUCCAAAGACAGCAACAACAGCAACAACAGCAACAACAACAACAACAACAACAACAACAGCAGCAACAACGUCCACAACCACAAACCACAACCACAGCAACCACCACACCCCAACAACCACAACAACCACAACAAGCACCUCAACUCGAGCGUUCCCCACUAGACCAGCAUGCUCAACUCUACCAACAAAGAAUGUCUCAAUACCGUGAAAACUACAACCAGAGACAUCCAGCUCGUCCAAAAGCCGAUCCAUGCCCAGGAGGUUAUUGUGCUCCAGUUCCACAAGCUCCACAACAAGAACGCCCAACGCCACCACCAGUUCUUGCUCCAGUCAUCAACACCGCCACUCAGCCACCAUUUCCACAACCAUACCCUACCAGAUACCGUCCAGCUCCACCACCACCGCCAGCAUGUGACGGACAAGGAUGUGUUAACCCACCAGUUACUUCUGGAGUCUGGCACGACUGGUCUGAUUGGUCUGCUUGCUCUUGCACCUGUGGAGACGGAGCCAAGUCUAGAAGACGUGAAUGCUCUACCAACAACUGCCAAGGAGCUGACUUUGAAACUGAGCCAUGCAACAUGGGACCAUGCCAAACCUGGUCAGAAUGGUGCGAGUGGUCUACUUGCUCUGCUAGCUGCGGAUCUGGACAACGCGAAAGAACUCGUUUCUGUCAUCUUGGAACCAACAGGUGUGAAGGAAAAGAUUACGAAUCUGAACAAUGCAGUUCUGGACCAUGCCCAGAAUGGUCUCAAUGGGAAGACUGGGGACAAUGCUCUGCUACCUGCGGACAAGGAGUUGCUGUUCGUCAACGUACUUGCCUCGGAGGAGUUUUCGGAGAUCAUCUCUGCCCAGGACCAAAGACCGAACAACGCGCGUGUGAUGGUGGACCAUGCUCUUUGUGGUCUCCAUGGCAAGAGUGGUCUACAUGCUCUGCUUCAUGCGGAUCCGGAAUGAAGAGAAGACAACGUGUCUGCCAAUUCGGAACUGAUUGCCAAGGACCAAAUGAGGAAAGCCAAUUCUGCUACGGACCACCAUGCGCUGAGUGGACCGAGUGGUGUGAGUGGUCUGGAUGCUCUUCCAAGUGCGGACCAGGACAAAGAACCAGAACUCGUGGAUGCUUGGGACCAAAUGGACAGGAAGCCACUACUUGCCAAGGACCAAGUAUUGAAACCACUCUUUGCGAGGGACAAUCUUGCUGCAACUGGUCUGAAUGGUGCCAUUGGUCGAUGUGUGACAAGGAAUGCGGAGGUGGACAGUCUAUCCGUACUCGUACCUGUUUGAACGGAGCCGGAAGUCCAGACGCAUCCUGCCACUGCGACGGACCGGAUCGUGAAGAAAGAGAAUGUAACUCUCAAAGUUGUGCCCCACAAUGUGCUUGGAACACCUGGUGCGAAUGGAGUCCAUGCUCUACUCAACUUGCCUGUGAAGUCGGAGUUCAAAACAGAAGCCGUCAAUGUGUUGGCGAAUCUGGAUGCCACUGCAUCGGACUUGCCGAGGAAUCUCAACAAUGCCGUGGAUUGACUCCAUGCCCACCAAAGGCUCCAUGCUAA